AUGAGACUUAGGUUGAAGCUUAGAGGCUUUAACUAUGGAGUUCGAGGGUUUACAGAGGCUGAACAGAUGAAGAAGACGACUUCAGCACCAACUCAGCCGACUAAGUUGGAAACUCAACCGACUAAGUUGGGAACUCAGCCUGCUAAGUUGGGAACUCAGCCUGCUCAGUUGGACCGCGACUUGGAUGUUGGCUUCCAACCCUCAGGCUUUGCGACUGCAUUGUUCUUGAAGGACACUAAAACGCCUGCAUUGUUCUUGAAGGACACCAAAAAGCCUCUGAAAGGUUCUCGGGGUGUUGAGAACAAUCCUCGCCGUUUCAUUCACCGGACAGUUGGUCUUGAAGAUGUUAAGUUGAUAAAGAAUGCCAUUAACAAUACGAUCAACGAUGUGGUGGUUGGAGUCACACAAGCUGCUUUGUCUCGAUAUCUAAACAGGAGAUAUGGUGAGAUUAUGAAGGAAAAGGGAGCAAUGGAGAAGAAAAACUACCUUCCAAAGAACUUUCGCCUUAGAGCAACCUUUUUCAUCAACAUAAGACCAUUCGUAGGGAUUCAUGCUCUGUUUGAUAUGAUGAAAAAGGGUACUAAGGUAAGAUGGGGCAACACGAUCGGCUAUGUCCUCCUUCCCUUCACCAUUGCAUUGCUGGAUGACCCAUUAGAUUAUGUUCGUGAAGCAAAAAGUGUUAUUGAUAAAAAGAAAGCUUCAAUUGAACCUGUAUGCACAUACAGAAUUACUAAGCUAAUUAUCAAGUUCUUUGGCAUUAAGGCUGCAGGUGUUCUCAAUUACAAAGUUUUUUCCAACACAACAUUAUGGUUCUCCAACGUACCUGGACCCCAAGAAGAAAUUGCAUUUUGUGGGCAUUCAAUGGCCUACUUUGCUCCCAGUUGUUUUGGCCAACCCAAUGCAUUGAUGAUUCAUGUGGUGAGUUAUAUAGACAAAUUGACCUUCAUGAUAUCAGCUGAUGAAGGAACAAUUCCGGAUCCACAACAGCUGUGUGAUGAUCUUGAACACUCCCUCAACCUCAUCAAAUCGGCUGUCUUAGCUAAAGAUCGAUCAGUACUGCAUCAAGAAUGAAUGACUAGCAAG